AUGUUGCAAAAAAUCAUAUCCUUGGUCCUAAUACUCACGCUAGCAUCAGCCAACUUGUUUGACUUUAUAAAUAACCAGUUUGGAGGCCACGGUGGAAAUAGCAAGCAACAAGGUGUGAGAUCUCCGCAAGAGUAUGAAAAUGCCAUGUUGAAUUCGGGCUGCAACAAGUACUUGUGUGCUGAUACAGGCGUAUGCGUUGACUCGCCUAAAUACUGUCCUUGUCCGUUUGGCUCAUCUCAAAUCCGGUGUCAUUUACCCAAUGGUCGCUACAUGUGCAUUUCAAAACCCGCGGGUGAAGGUAUUGCUGACAAUUACAACGACCCCAAUACAAACUUCAAAAUUGAUGCAAAGGAUGACAACAUUCGCGACUGCGGGUGGGUCAAUCGAGCUUGGAAGGGUCAGGUAUGA